AGAUACAAAUACAACCGAACUGCAAACGAAUUAUUAAACAAUUAAAUGGUUUAUUAACAAAUUGCAAGAACGCAUAAUUGAAGAACAGUUUCGUUUUGCCCACUGCGACAACAUGUUGCACAACAAUGCGAACUGGCUGCCACCGCCUCAGCAGCAGCAGCAGCAGCACCAGCAACAGCAGCAGGCACCUACUCUGCAUCACACUCAGUUUCCACAAGUUCCACAACAGCAGCAUCAGCAGCAGCCCCUGCCGCCGCCGCCGCAACAGCAGCCUUAUGCCAGUCAAAUGUUUCAGCAGCCACAGGCGCCACAACAACAACAGCAGCCACAGGCGCCACAACAACAACAGCAGCCACAGCCUCAACAAUAUUGGCAGGAGGAGACGCAGCAGCAACAGCAGCAGCCGCAGAAUUACAACAAUUAUUUUGCCGGCACACAACAGCCACAUCUGAACUUUGUGCCAACCACAAUAACGACGCCAGCAGCAGUGGCGCCCCUGGGCUAUGCAGCACCAGCAGCAGCGCAUGAAAAUUUCACUCAACAACAACAAUAUUAUUUGCCACAGGCGGAGACCUUUGAUAAUAAUAAUAGCGGCAAAAACGAUGGCUGGGGCGAUUGGGGCGAUUGGAAUGAAACAGGGAACAACAAUAGUAACAAUAACAACAACAACAGCAACAGCAACAACAUAACAAGCAACAACAUUGAGCUUAACAAUAUUGAACCGGAGCUGCCGGUGCCUCUGCCACUUGCCAGCGUCGUGGAGGAUUCAUUUAAUGUGCAGCAACAAAGCAGCUGGCAUGCCUUUGGCACCAACACCAGCACUAGCACCAACACCAGCAACAACAACAUCAGCGGCAAAACGGAGGCAGGCAAAUCACUGGAGUUGCCGCCACUGCUAUCGCCGGCAGUCGCGGAGCAGCAACUGUUGCCGGUAACCGACACCGAUUUGAAUUCCAUUGUGCCGCCGCAAGCAUUUCAAAAUUCGCCAGCUGCAGCUCCUCUACCAUCAGAAGCAGCAGCAGCUGUAGCUCCUACUCCUCCACCAGCAGUAGCAGCAGCAGUAGUAGCACCUCCAUUGGCAGCACCUCCAUUGGCAGCACCUCCAUUGGCAGCGCCUCCAUUAGCUGCAGUUGCUGCAGCAACGCAAGCAGCGCCCCCAGUGGAUACUCUUGCCGGUAAUCCGUUCAAGCGCGCUGGUGGACUUAGUAAGCGCGUCAAUAUAUUGGCUACACCCGCAUCACCAGCAACUGUAGCAACAGCACCAUCCGCAGUACCUGCCGCACUGCCUGUCCAGCUGGUGCUGCCCGAAUCGCUGCAAAUGGAGCAACAACAGCAGCAAUAUCCGCAGCAACAGCAGCAACAACUGCAACAACAGCAGCAACAACCGCAGCAACAGCAGCAACAACCGCAACAACAGCAGCAACAACCGCAGCAACAGCAGCAACAACCGCAGCAACAACCGCAGCAACAGCAGCAACAACCGCAGCAACAACCGCAGCAGCAACCGCAACAACAGCAGCAGCCGCCUGAGAAUCAGGAGGUGCUUCUGCUGGCCGCACCAAAUGAUGAGCGUGCACAAUAUCUGCAGACCAGUCAUCUCUCCGAACAGAACGAACAGGAGGGCGGCAACUCGUGGGAGGCAGAUGGACUGUUGCCGCCGCCUGGCUUGUCGCGUCUGGUGCUUGGACAACCGGAGCUGGUGGAGCGUCAACGUCUGGUCACGGGUACAGAGCAGCCGGCGCUGAGUCGUUUGCCCAAUCCUCUGCACAUGGACGAGCGUCAGGCUGAUGGCGAGGAUACCUCUGACGACGAGCAGCUGCAUCAGCAGCAGCAGCAUCCGUCGCGACGCGUAGUUACUGGCGUGGAGACCCAGGCCACUGUGGUGCUGUCCGGGGAGCAGCGCGAAGUGGUGCUGGACGGUGAGAACCUGGAGGAUCAGCCAAUGCCGCCGGCAACAGCCACAACAACAGUUGGCGCCGGAGUAGCAACAACAACAACUGGAGCAGUUGGAGUAGCAAAUCCAACAUUAGCCGGAAUGACAACAACAAUAACAGCUGGAGGAGCAGCAGUAGCAGCUGCUGCCCCUUUCUCGGUUGAUCUGGCAAUGGAGCAGCAACGGUCAGCAAAUGAUGAGCAGGAAACGACCCAACAGGCGCACACCCAGCAACAGCAACAACAACAACAGACGAUGAUGGAUAAGAAACAUGGCCAUGGUCGCAGCAAGCCGCGUCCAGUUGCCUCCCUCGAAUCGGAGGAUGAGUCCGAGGAUGAGUGGCUGCUCAGUGAUAGACAUGAGCCACCGCCACCACGUCAUCAGACGGAGGAGCGUAGCAUGCGCAGUCUGCGCAGCGGGCGACGUCACAACAACAGCAACAGCAACAAUUACGAGGGCGAAACGGAGGAUUCAGUGCGUCUGGCUGGUCACAAUGAGAGCCACAGUAGCAACAAAUCGAUGCGCGAGAGCAAACGUCGCAGUCGCGAUGCCGACAAUCAACGAAGCCGACACGAACCCGACCGCAACGGACGCAGCGAACGAGAGCGAGAACGAGAACGAGAACGAGAUCGGGAAAGGGAGCGUGACAGAGAUCGGGAUCGCCAUCGCUGGCGUCACGAGGAUCAGCAGCAGCAAUACGGUCGAAGUACACGCUAUAGCAACAAUAGCAACAACCACAACAACUAUGAUUCGGAUGCAGCAGAUCCAAUCGUUGCCCAGGGAGGAACAGCAUCUGCGGCCAGCGAUGGCGGCGGACGCAGCAGCAAAGCCAGCCGUCAGAGACGUAGUGGUGCCGCUGACGAUGACUACGAUGAUUAUGAACAGCAGCAGCAGCAGCAGCAGUCCUCACGUCACGGCAAUCAUCGUCCACGACGCGAGAAGCCAUCGUUGUCAUCGUCCAUGCACGAGAAGCAGCAGUCGCGUGGCCGUCGCAGUCACGAGGGCACAAGUCGUCCGGAGCAGCCGUAUCACUGGGAUGCCCGCGAUUACGAUAGCUAUCGCAACAAGAGUUCGCGCAACAGCGAUCUGGAUAAGGAGCAGCGCAGCAGCAACAGCAACAAGGAGAGCAGCAAGCGACGCUACUACGACCAAUUGGCAAUGCAAUCGGGUGGCGCAGGUGCUGCACCUCCGGGCUAUGAUCCCUAUGGCAUGUACGAGCAGUUGUCCCGCAAUCCACAUGCCUAUGCCGAUAUGUAUGCCAAGUUCUAUGGCCAAAUGAUUAACUCAAUGACGGCGGCUGUGAAUGCGGCAGCUGCCUCAAAGGUCACCGGCACUAGUGCAAUGCCAGCAACAGCAGCAGUAGCAGCAGCAGCAGCGCAAGCCCGCAUCGAUCCGGCCCAUUUAAUGGCCGCCAGCGGCACGGAAGCAGCUUUGCUCCGAGAACGCGAGAGGUACACACACGCAUACAUAACACAAGCCAAUGAGUUUCAUCGUCGUCGCCAGCAAUACAGCGAACAGCUUUACCAGCAACAGCAUGGACAUAAUUACACGGAUCUAUUAAACUCAACCCUAGGCGAUGACAGCGCCAGUUUAUAUGGCAGCGAUAACCACAGCAAUCGUCGUCUUUUGGCACCCUAUGGCAUCUCCAGUGCCCGUUCGCUCAACAAUUUGAACGCUGAGGAUGCGGCUGGACAAGCUCAAGCUCGCUACUAUGCUGGCUCCGAGUGCGGCCUUGAUAUCAGAGCUGCUGCUGUGGCUGCUGGGGCGCCAACAACAACAUUUGGUAGCAAUGCGGCUGAUGCAGAUGCCACAACAAUAACAACAACAACUGCGGCACGUCCGCCGAGACGUCGAACGCCGUUGCGCUACAAUCGACCCCAUCUUGUGGCCAGCUACUCGAUGAGCUUGUUGCUACGUGUCCGUCCCAAAUAUGCUGGACGCGGCCGGCUACGCAACGAUGUUGAGGUGGCGGCGCCACGCAUCAAGGAUGCCGCUAGCAGCUUGCUGCGCGCCUAUCCAGGACCGCUGCAGGGUCGCAAGCUGCAUAAGGACAACAUAAUUAGCUUCUGCAAGGAGCAGAUCCGUUUGGGACCAGGACGCGCCUGCACCGUGCUCUAUGCCACACAGAAGAAGCCACUCGGCAGCGUUGCCAAAUAUCGUGCAUCGCAUGCCCUCAUGUGGCAUUUGCUCAUCUUGCUGCUGCGUCAGAAUGGGGUUAUUGCCGAUACGGAUGUGGGUGAUCUGCUGCUGGAGAAUCAGCGCGAAUAUCCAUAUGUACCCGAUAACGAUAACGAUGCCGAUGUGGAUGCGGAUGUUGCAGUGACACGCACCAAUUCUGGCGAGGCGCUUAACGAUUCGGAUGGCGAGGCAGCAGCCGCAGCAGCAGGAGCAGGAGCAACAGCAACUGCAAACGUCACAACUGAGCUCGAGACGGAUGGGGAUGCCGAUGUGGUGGCGCCCAAGGAUACAACAAUGUCGGAGCAGGCGGCUACCGAUCAGUUUCGUAGCUAUGUGCUGCGCGGUAACGUGGAGGAGGCCCUGCAAUGGGCCACUGAUCAUCAGCUGUGGACACACGCGUUCUUCUUGGCACUGUACGAGGAUCGCUAUGCUUUGACAGAUGUGGCACAAAAGUUUCUCAAUCGCGCCAUCAAAGCGAACGAUCCGCUGCAGACGCUCUACCAGAUGAAGAGCUGCCAUACGCCCGCCUGCGUCAGUCAGCUGCGCGAUGAGCAGUGGGGCGAUUGGCGUUCCCAUCUCUCCAUUCUCGUAACGAACAAGUCACGUCAGCCGGAGCACGAUCGUAGCUCUGUUGUCGCCCUGGGCGAUACUCUAUUCCAACGCGGCGACAUUUAUGCGGCCCACUUUUGCUAUCUGGUUGCCCAGGAGGAGUUUGGACGCUAUGAUAGUGCCGCCACGGAGCUAACCACGCUUACAGCCAAUGUGCCAAGGCUCAUUCUGCUGGGCGCCUCGCACUACAAGCCAUUCAAUGAGUUUGCCAGCAACGAGGCGAUCAUCAUGACGGAAAUCUAUGAAUAUGCCCGGUCGCUGUUCGAUCAGAAGUUCAGCAUUGUCAAUUUCCAGCACUAUAAGUUUCUGCUGGCCACACGCAUCCUGGACUAUGGGCAACAUUUUCGCUGCACCAAUUAUCUGGAGCAGAUUGGCAAGCACAUCGAACUCAGGCCGGAUAGCUACGAUACGGAUUUCAUACAGCGCGUUUGUGACCUGGCGGAACGUUUGCGUUAUCAUGAUCCCAUACUCAUCAAUCGUGUGUCCUUUGCGAGUCCACCAAAUGCGACAAAUGGUGCUCAAGUGGCGCCCCAAGGUGCGCCCGAGGAAAAGGAAUGGCUGCGUCAGUUGCGCACGCUUGCCGAUCCACCACUGCAGGAGCAACAGUUGCUGCAGCAGCAACAACAAAAUGAUAUUGAUCAGCAAUUUGUUGAUCUGGGCAAACAAAUGCGUGAGCUAAAUAUGCAAUAUGAAGAUACCAUGCAGCGCGAGCAAGAUGCCAAACAGCACGACCAGCCACAGCAACAUCAGCACCUGGUUCAGCACCAGCAAUUUGAGCAGCAGCAGCAGCAGCAGCAACAACCACAACAGCCGGACUACUAUGAGCCGCCGGCAGUGCAGCCAAGUAAUGAGCAGACGUUAAACAGCGAUAUUUAUGCGCCACCAAUGUACUACGAUCCCAAUGUUGCUCAACAGCAACAGCAGCAGCAACAACACCAACACCAACAAGCGCAUCUUUAUGAUCCAUCGCAGCAGCAACAGCAGCAGCAGCAACAACAACAAAACUAUGAACCGUCAAGCUAUGCACCGAUCUAUGAUGAAGGAGCAGCAGCAACCGCUGGCUACGACUAUUGGCCCAGUGGUGCAGCACAACAGCCGCCGUAUGGCGAUGAGCUGGAGCAUAUGGAGAGCAAUGAGUUGAUUGCUGAUAAAAACAACAGUAGCAGCAACAAUAGUAGCACCAGCAACAGCAGCAGCAGCAACAAUCAAGAGAAGAACAUCAGCAAUGUAACAGCAAUACCAGCUGAUGUUCAGCAAAUACAACAGCAACAUCAUGAUGAAGAUGAGAAAUUGCAGCUGCUGCGGGAGCAAAGCAACAUUGACAACAACAGCAACAAUCGCUUUAAACACAAUGCCUUUAAGCUGUCCGCUGCUGGCAAGCAAAUGCACUUUACGGGCCAAGACAAGGACAAGAGCAAAUUAAUGCCACGCAAAUUGCAAUUUGGUAGCAACAGCAACACCAGCACCAACAACAACAACAACAGCGGCAGCAACAACAUGCCAGCAGAAUGUUUAGCAGCGACAAAGGCAUUUAAUUUGAAUGAUCAGCAGCAAGUGCGACCCACAAUUUCGAUGCCAAAAUCAAAGAGCUACGAUGACGAUGAUGGGUCGGCGACAACAGCCGGAAAUGCCUCGGCCGGAAGUGGCUCAGGAGCAGCGGGCAAGCAGACGCAACAACAACAACAAUCCGCAGCUAGCGGUUUGCCUGGUGCGCAGGGCAAUCAGAAUGCCGGCUGGUUUGGCGGCCUGUGGAACAAGUUUUCGCUGAAGCCCAAAAACCAAAUGAUAUUACCGGAUGAUAAGAAUCCAACGAUUGUGUGGGACAAGGAACGCAAAUGCUGGACAAAUACUGAGGGCGCUGCGGAUGAAUCGGAAUCAUUUAAGCCGCCACCAAAGAUGAGCGAUAUGGGCAUGGCAGUGGCAGCAGGCGCACCACCACAACCAACACUCAACACAUUGGCCAACAUACACACGCCCAAUCUGUUGCCACAGCAGCAACAGCAACAAGUGCAGCAAAACUCACACGAACUGCCGCCCAACGCCAAUGUCUAUGACAACCAAGUCGAUUAUGAUUAUUCAAUGUAUGCAUCGUCUACGGCAGCUGUUGCUGCACCACCAGCUGCCAUGCCCGAUAUACCGGCGACAACAUCAGCGUCACCAGCUCUAGUUGCGGCAGCAGCAGCGGCAACGCCAACGGGUUCACCUGGCGGUGCACAGCCCAAGCUUCAGUCGAACAUGUUUAAAAUUAAACGCAAUCGCACACUGAAGAACUCCUAUGUUGAUGUGUUCAAUCCAUCAGGCGCACCGAUGUCUGCAGCGCCGCCGACGGUGCUGGCUCCGAUAAUGGCACCGGUUGCCGUGCCGCAGGGCGGCUUCUUUGUGCCGGGCGCAGUGCCCACGCAACAGCAUCAACAGCCGCAGUAGAAAAGAAGCGAAUCAUUUCGAUCUUAUACGUAAACACCACAACUUGUGCUGUGCGCACAAUGACAACGACAACAACACCAACAACAACAGCAGCCAAGGCUAACAACAUUUAAACUGUUUGAAGAGCGAUAGACAGCCGGAAUAAAUGGAACUCGAUAACAAUUCCAAACUGUAGCGAGUAUAUGAAAAGCAAACAACAACAAAGAUAAUAACCAUAAUAACAACUGCAACUAC